CUGUUCAUUACGGCACGCUCUCGGCUGAUGGUUCCCCUGUAAUUACUAGUCUGCAUGACUUUGCAGCGUGCUUCGAUGACGUGAGCAACAUCGAGAUGACGCGGCACCUUUUAUCGAGCGCCAGCGUGCGCUACAGGCACCCGGACUCCAGCCGCAGGCGCCCGGCCUGGUCCCUGGAGGUGAUACCUCAGUUGAUGUCGUCCCUGGGCGUGGUCCUCGGCACCGAAGAGUGGGGCGGCUUGAGAGCAGGAGACAUCAGUAAGACGCGUGCCCUGAUCAAGGAAACCAUCAUGUCAUUGAGCGUCCGACUAUUUUGGUUCGAUAUCGAUUGCCUACAACACCAGGCAUCCCUCGGAACUCUAGACCUGUUGAAACGAUUGGAUGAUAUGAUGCUGAGAGUCACAAGGAAAUGCAAUCCUGAGGGGAAGCCGUACAAAUACGCCAGCACGCUCAUGAAGUGCAUGAAUGUCUGGCGCGACCACGCGGCGCCGGCGUACUGGGAGAGGGCCGAAGUCGCUGGCCUCAUGCUGUCGGAUUCGGUCGAUGAGAUGAACGCCAUGAAGAUGAGGUCUCUGAUCAGAUCCGAACUGGAGAACUGCGCUCAGACGGGCAUGAUAUCGCGGGAUACCUGGACCUGGGUCAGAGAUCUUUGCGCCCGCUGGCGCCCAGACACAGAAGCCCUGGAGUCGUUUAAUAAGACCGUGAAGGAGGAGGUUCAGAAGGCCCCGCACAUCAGCCCAGCUCUUUUGUCCUCGAGGCCCAUUAACAAGAUGGCUGUUUACUCGAUGGUGUACGCCCAACAGGUCGAACACAACGCCGGGAAGCCUGCCAUUCGCAAGUGGUCUUUGGCACAGGGCGGUCUCUUCUCGCUGUGCCAGUUCGUGUCUUCGGGAUGCCCUGGCAGCCUGGAGGUGGACAUCGUCGGCCCCCUCAAGCACCAGCUGUACAGGGCCUUCAUGAAGGAGGCCAAAUCGCAAGCCAUGGAGGGCUUGAGGUCCGCAUUGGUCCUUGGCGGCGAGGGUAACUUCAACAUGACGCUGCUGCACUUCCCCGGUGGCAAGUCGCGCCCGGCCGAUCCCACGAUCAGGUGCGCCCAGGUCCAGAGGGUUGACCCUACGCGCCAGGAUGAAAUCAUGAGGGCCUUCGGCACGCGAGAGUUUGCAACGAAGAAGGCGGUGGGGCACGAGCGCAGCAGGUUCGCCCACCCCAGCCACCACAUCGUUGAGGUUGAAGACGUGUUGGCCUGCAGCGUCUGCGGCAUGUGGACGCGCAGCGCCGUGACCAGGGGCCUCCGCACGGAGGGGCAUGGGACUGCCUUCAACGGCGGUCUGCUCCAGGCCCCCGUUGAAGGGCUUGCUUCUAGAGUGGACAACGCAACAUUCAGCUCUCUGCGCAUAGCGUUGAUGCUCGAAGAUUGGAGCGCCCAAGGCGCUAGGCUUGGAGUGGAAGGAGAAGACUUGCAAUCGACUUUGGCGUGGGUAGCAAUGAGAUGGGAACUUGAAGAGUUGACGUGGAUCAAUGAAAACGUGAAGUUCUUCCCCCCUCAAAAGGUAUUCGCUGGGCUGCUCAAGAAAAAUGUGAUAUUCAGCGUUGUUGUUGACCUCGCGAACCUCGGGUGGCCUCAGCGCCGCGAACGGCGCAUAUCUGUUGGCGUUCACAAAUCGUUGAUUGUAACUGGCGUUGGUUGGGAUGUAUUUGGGGGUGCCUUCCGGCGACAGAUGAAGGCGACGUGGCGCCAUGUGCUCUGCGCCACGCCAGAAGAGCUCGACAGCGAGCUCGAGUGGGCCAGGCGCAGACCAAGUUCACUAUUUAGACGAUGCGUGGACGCUGCCACUGCUGACGCUCAAGCCCAAGGGAAGGUGUUCGUGCAAGAUAUCUUGGACAACCCAGACCGCUUUGACCAGAUCAAACGCAUGACAAAUACUUCUGCUUUUACUGACGCCAUGAGCUUGUUCGAACUCGCUAACAUGCUAAAGUACAUGAGCAAGGGGGCGCCGCGUGGCACUGUCUUCGAUUUAGGCCAGAGUGCGGUAAAGAGAUACACAGCUGGUACUGACUUCGCUACGCCAACAGUCACCAGAAAUGUUCACAUGCUCUACUCGCCCGAGAUUGCGCGGUGGCUUACAACUAAAGAAAUGCUAUUGCUCCAGGGGUUUCCAGUGAUAUCUGAGGGCGUCCUCGCCAAGGGCCUCGUGGAAGGAGUCCGCGGCGAGGCGUGGGCCGUCCCUGCCGUUGACAACGGGCCGAACGGGGAGGUCCUCGGCCCAGAGACAGUGUUGCUGCUGAUUUCCCACGCCACGCUCGUCGAGGCCGCGAACGAAGCCUUCAGGCGCCAGCCCACUAGCAGGUUCGUAAUCAAGACGAUGGAGGGGGGCAUCGUCGUGAAGAUCUUCCUGCCUUCGACUCCGGCUUUCGCGCUGAUCUACCUGCGAGAUCUCCAUAAUCAGUUUCACCUGGGAGCGGGCACAUCAUUCUUGGAAAAGUACGUUCAGUCGGCCGAGUUCGAGAAGGAGUGGGUGGACUACAUGAAAUCCAAUAACAUGGUGGCCCGCCAGAUGCCGACUUCUGGCCCCAACACUUACCUGAAGGAGUAUUGGCGCUGGAUCACCAAGUUCCACAAAGACGAGUUCACCACCUGGCAGAUGUACAAGUCUGCCAAGACGUUCAUGCGCAAUUUGGCACAGAGAAAAAUCUACACUACGUGGAGCGAGAGGGUCUCAUCCGAGUGCGACUUCGCGCAUCCUGCCUUGAUGACAGCAGAUGCGAUCUUCAUCAACAUGGAAGUGCAUGAUGUGGUGAUGAGCUUUCAAGACACGAUCCCGCGGGCCCACUUGGAUAUGAUGCUGAUGGAGUGCCUUCGCUUUUCUUAUCCUGUGGUGAACAUGGACUCCAGCGAGGACUUUUGCCAUGAAACUGUAGCUUGUGUUUUCCAGAACCAGGAACCGGUGUCAGCUUUCCAAGUCCGCAGGACCAGGGGUGGCAUUGAGAACAAGCUGAAGAUCCUGAAGUGCCCGAUGGGGGGGGGCGUGGCGUACCUCGAGGCCCUCGAGGCCAGCAAGAAGAGGUCUGCCGCGGCCAAUUCGUGUUCGAACGGCAAAGCUUCCAAAACAACGGCAUCGACAGCAGAGACCGACGCCGGCGGGCAGAAGUGCGACGGCAAAGGCCCGGGCAGCCAGAGCAAGGGCAAGGGCAAGGGGAAGAAGGGCAAAUCAGCAGCUGAAAAGAAGAAGAAGGCUGCCGUCGGCAAGGCAAAGGCCAAAGCGAAGGCAAAAGGUGCUGAAUCCAAGGCGAUGGACAUCCUGUGCGAGGAGCAGAUCUCAGCAACAGCCGAGGUUGUCGUUGAUCACGGUGCCCAAGGCGAGGAGGACAUGCAAGUGGCCGAGGAGAUCGCUGGCGAAGUGGAGAUGAUUCAGGAGGCUGAUUCAGUGCCAGAGCUUCCAGCCUCCCCGGCGCACCCUGAGGACGCCGACGACGCAGUGCAGCCCGUCAAGAUGAAGCUCUUCUCGAAUGACCUAUACAGCAUCGCGGCGUCGGUGUUGAAGCACGUGCCAGAGACGAAUCACGACGAGGCCGCGAUUGCAUCCAUGUACAAGGAGGGGAUGUUUUUCGCCUUUGAGAAGCAAGCCAUUGACGUCGUCGACCGCCAGAGCCAUCAGUCAUGGAAAUCGUUCCGCGGUUUCCUGAUGCGCAGGUUGGCUGCGAAGCACGUGUCCAGGGCCCCCUCUGUCCAGGCUCUCGCGGACAUGGCUGUGGAGUCGGCGUCGGCGCAGAGCACGGGCGGCAUCGGCCCUCAGCAGGCAGCUCUCGCCAUCGAGGCAGAGAAGAAGAAGCACUUGGACGAUGUCGUGAAGGAGCACUUUGAUUCGCAGCUCGAGGCGCUGAAGAACACUGAUGAGAUCGCGAAGGUAUCAGAGUUCAUGAAGGCCAACAACGUACUGUUCCCAUGCAAUCUGCACCCGUGCUUCACUACGUUCGCGGGCUUCGUGAUUCCAAAGCUGAUUGAGGCCAUGUCCACCAAGUUCGCGGACCGCGCGCACUUGGAGAUGUCGGACGUCAUCGUGAAGCUGGCAGACGGGUUUUCGACGAUCAGGCUCGGCGAGAAGAGUCAUGACACCAUCUGCGAGGCCCUGCCCGUCCUCCUCGGCUGCCAGACUGCCAGUGCAGAGGUCAAGCAGGUAGUGCAGACAUGCUUUGGAACAGUUGAAGCUGCCGAGUCGCACUGCCUCUUCCGGACGGACUACACGCUUGGUUUGUUGCGCAUGGUGUCGACGAUGAUGCCGCCCGUGAUGCACCAUGAGGCCUUGGUAGAGCUCAGGGGCAAGUUGGACGUGGCGCAAGACAUGCGUUCAGACAUCGGCGCAGUGGAGAUCCACAAGAAGGUCGGCGCUGAGGGCGACGAGUCUUGGUCUGUCUUCUGGGUGAACCUCACGCGGUCGGCCGCCUCGAAGGAGUCUCUUUCAGCCUUCGUGCAGGAGCAACUUGCUGACUACAAGCUGAAGGCAGACCGCGCCCUUCAAGCGAGGGCAGAUCAGCGCCGCCUUGUUGUUGCCGCUGCUAAUUCUGCUCACGCUGCUACUGGUGGGGACGAUGCGGAGGAGGCGGCGGCGGAUGAGAAGAAGAAGAAGCUGGUCGAAACAGUUGCCGCGCUCAAGUCCAUCAGCGACUGCCACAAGGGGCACGCGCAACUCUGCCGCGAGUUAAUGAGGGGCCCAGCCUGGAAUGAAGCCGGGCAGUCCGCCUUGGCAGUCCCAGCAAUCCCAGAUAAGUCCGUGACCUGCGUGAUGGAGGCGCUUCUGAAAUUCAUAGAGUUCAAGUUGCUUGAGAAUGCUUCCUUGGGUCUCAGAAUGGGAUGCGACAGGGGAUAUGAUGUUCUCUUCUAUGAUGAGAGUCGCAAGGACUCUCGCCUCUUCUUUCAGUCUGAGGAGGCGGACCCUGCGCUUACCCUGAAUUUCUGUGGACCCGUUAGCCUGAUACCGACGGUCGGCUCGUUCGUGAUCGGAACGUUCGACGGCCGCAAACUGUACCUCCGGAGCUCGAUGCCGAACAAAGGACCUGUCAUUGGGUUAUUUAGUCCUGCGUGGCUGGCUCGCGUCGUCAGCUACAACGAGGACACUGGCGAGCCGCUGGAGGAUGCCUCAACAAUCAUGAAGACGAACACGUUCACUCUGAACUUCGGCUGGGCGGAGUCGCACUUGGCCGACGAGAAGAGCGUCAAGAGCAAGGGCCCUUUCGAGAUCACCCGGGGCUGGCCUGACAGUGAUGCGCAUUACGAGGAGGUGUUCAAGAUGCCGCAGGAGGCGUCUAAAUAUUCGAGCGCUGUUGCUGCGAGGAUGAAGGAACUGAGGCCCGCCAAGGAAGUGAGGGGCCCGCCGCGGGACUGGCUCGAGCAGGCGACGGCGCCAGGCAUGCCGUGCGGCAUCGCGCAGAUGCCGAGGCGCCUCCAAGCCUCGCGGGGCUCGGGCGGCGUGGCCGCUCGCCGCUCGCCGCUCCGGGGCCCAGCAGCGCAGAGCCAGAGCACGACGGAUUGCAUUAGCAAGCUAUAA